AUGGACAAGACAGCGUUUCCUCCCCAGGGGCUUUACUAUGAUGGAGCGGUCCAACGUGCAACAUCGGGUAAAACAUUUCAAACGGUGGAUCCUGCCACGGCGUCAGCGCUCGCAUCGGUCGACAUCGCCUCUAGCUCCGAUAUAGACCAUGCCGUCGUAUCCGCUCAGAGGGCUUUUAGCAGCUGGUCGAAGACUCCCAUCCCAGCUCGUGCUAGAAUUCUUCUAAAAGCUGUGGAGAUCUUGCGGCUGCGAAAUGAUGAGAUUGCCCGGAUUGAAACUUUGGAUACAGGCAAAGCGUUUUCUGAAACGAGUACCGUGGAUGUCAUCACCGGCGCCGAUGUGCUAGAGUACUACGCGGGCUUGAUUAGCGGGGGCGGAUUGAACGGAGAGACGACGCAGCUGAGAGAAGAUGCGUGGGUGUAUACGAAGAAGGCGCCGCUGGGUGUCUGUGCUGGAAUCGGCGCGUGGAAUUAUCCCAUUCAAAUCGCCUUGUGGAAAUCAGCGCCCUGUCUGGCUGCUGGGAAUACGAUGGUAUACAAGCCCAGCGAAUUUACACCGCUCCAUGGGCUCGUUCUUGCCCAGAUAUACACCGAGGCCGGCCUACCGCCAGGAGUGUUCAACGUGGUUCAUGGAGCAGGCGAUGUGGGCGCCCACCUCACGACGCAUCCCGGAAUCGCCAAGGUUUCCUUCACCGGACAGGUUGCAACGGGUAAAAAGGUUGCAGGGUCAGCAGCCGGGAGCAUGAAAUACGUUACCAUGGAGUUGGGCGGGAAGAGCCCGCUCAUCGUCCUCCCCGACGCGGACCUAGAAAGCGCCGUUGACGGAGCAAUGCUAGCCAACUUUUUCAGCACGGGUCAAGUCUGCACAAAUGGAACCAGGGUGUUUGUGCCAGCAACGUUGAAGUCCGACUUUGAGUCCUUGCUUCUGAGCAAGAUGAAGUACAUCCGUGCGGGUCCCACAAUGGACGCCAACACGAAUUAUGGCCCGCUGUCUUCCGCGACACACUACGAAAAAGUAGUAAACUAUAUCCGCCAUGGCAUUGAGCAGGAUAGGGCGACGCUACUUUACGGCGGCCCCGACCCUCCCGCCAGCCUUGAUUCAUCCGUUCGAAAUGGCUAUUGGGUCGCCCCAACCGUCUUCACCGACUGUACCGACAACAUGAAAAUAGUCCAAGAGGAAAUCUUCGGCCCUGUCAUGUCCAUCCUCACGUACGACACAGUCGACGAAGCCGUGCGUCGAGCGAAUGACACUCCGCUGGGGUUAGCAGCAGGCGUGUUCACGCGCGAUAUCAAUCUAGCGCAUAGGAUAAUUGAUAGAUUGGAUGCCGGCAUUACGUGGAUCAAUUCUUGGGGGGAAUCUCCGGCAGAGAUGCCCGUGGGCGGAUGGAAAAUGAGCGGUCUGGGCGUCGAGAAUGGCCGAAGGGGGAUUGAAGCGUGGGUGAGGAAUAAGAGCACGUUGGUGGAUAUGGGCGGGAAGAUUGCAACGGUAUUUACAAAGCUGUAG